GGAGUCCGUGGCCCUACAUGAUGCGAUUCCGAAGUUGGUUCCAACCGCCGCUAGCGACGAGAGAAAGAGAAACGGAAACAGAAAUAGAUAUAGAGAGAGAGAGCGCCGGACAAAGUACCUUGCGCUCUACUUCUCUCUCUCUUUCAAUUCGGCAUCUCAACACUUUUUCUUCUCCUAUUCCUUCUUACACCCAUCUCUCUCCCUCCUCCUGUACGAUCUUAGCAUGUGGACAAUUUUGGAGGGAGAUCUGAAUUUUCUCGUCGUUGAGCGCCCACUACACCAUGAUGACCUUGAUAUUCAAGAGACAAAGCAAAAGUACCAUGACACAUCCGUGGGAUGCCUACAUGGUGAAGCAAUACCUCCAAACCUGCAAGAUAAUGGGAAAUUAGGGGAAGGAUCUUUGAAGCCGAUAGACGAAACUGGUAGCCAUUUUGUGGGUGGUAUAACUGAAGGUGGGUCACUCAACACCACGUACACUAUCCCUCCAAAUGAAGCUUACCAUAGACCAUUCUACCAACAGGGUUAUCAUGUUUGGUCAGCUUAUCAUCCUGAGAAUCAAAAGGCACAACAGUACCAGUUUUAUCCGCUAGAAAACCACGUCUAUCCUGUGAAUCAUCAUGAAUACUGUAUUCCAGAUGAUAAUAAAUUUCAAUAUCUGCCCUUAUGGAAGUUAUCCCAGAUGUAUCAAUCACAGUUUAAUUUUCAAGAGUUUCAGUAUUUUGUGGUUAUAGAUUUUGAGGCAACUUGUGACAAAGAGAAGAAUCCUCACCCACAGGAGAUUAUUGAAUUCCCAGCGGUUCUGGUGAAUAGUAUCACUGGGCAGCUGGAAGAUCAGUUUCAAGUAUAUGUGCGUCCUACUCACAAUCAACUUCUUAGUAAUUUCUGUAAGGAUCUUACCGGAAUUCAACAAACUCAGGUUGACAAAGGCGUUCUCUUGAGUGAGGCUCUAUUUCUGCAUGAUAAGUGGCUUGAAGAAAAGGGGGUCAAGCGAACUAACUUUGUUGUGGUUACGUGGUCAAAUUGGGAUUGUCGGGUGAUGCUGGAAUCUGAGUGUCGAUUCAAAAGGAUCCAAAAACCACCAUACUUCAACAGAUGGAUCAAUCUGAAGAUCCCAUUCCAUGAGGUAUUUGGAGGGGUGAAGUGCAACCUGAAAGAAGCUGUUCAGCUGGCUGGCCUCACUUGGGAAGGCCGUGCUCACUGCGGCCUUGACGAUGCUAAGAACACUGCUCGCCUGCUUACCUACCUAAUGCACCGUGGAUUCCAGUUUACCAUAACUAACUCACUGACGUGGCAGCCCACGGAUCAUCCGUUAACACUGCAAAAGUUCCCGGAGUACCAAUCGUGCUUCAUCCCACCCCCUUACAGGAUGAAGCACCAAUCGGUACCGUUGGUCCCCUUUCAUCAGAUCCAGAUCGGGCACGGCGAAGAAGAAAAAUGCUUCUGCGGGGUGCAAAGACGAAAACAAAUGGUGCAGAAACCGGGACCAAGUCAUGGCUGCUUCUACUUUGGCUGUGGUAGGGCUCCCAACGGAGGACGCUGUUGCAAUUAUUUUGCAUGGGCUACAGUAUAACUGAAAGUCUUAUAAGUUUACCAUUUUAACUAAAUUCUAAAAAAGAAAAAAAGAGAGAAAAAAAAUCGACAAUAGCAAGAUGCUUCUGGAGGGUGCCUGAGUCAUUUCUAGUAGGGCUCUGACUUGUAAAGUUUGACUUCUUGAAACGAGAGAUGGUAUGCCUACAAAAAAGAAAAGAAAAGAAAAGAAAAGAAUGCAUUUUGCAAGGCUGAGGAGCUUUAGGACAUGGUUUUUCUUUGUUACUGUUCGAUCUUAUUAGCUUUGAAUUAGCAGAGGCUGAACUGCUAAAUAAUGGAUGUGAUUCUACGACGCCAUUUCCUAUAAUAUUUAUGUAGAAAAUCUGGCAAUCUCUGAUUGCUGUGUUCUCCAUUUCAGGC